AUGCGCAUGUCGCAUGGUGCGGGUUACGUGUGCUCGGGCAGCACAUCAUCCACGGAGUCGGAGGCUGCUCGACCAACUUUCUACGGAAGUUGGAAGUUGCAACAUGGCAUUGCAACCAACCAAGCCGCGAGCCUCCACCUAGAGCGCACUGACUUGGCCUACGGCCAAGCAUGGUGGGCGAAACCAGGGUACAGUCCCAAGGCAGUGAUCGCGGGAUGUUGCUUGCUUGAUUGCCGCUGGCGCAUGGAGUUUCGUAAACUUGGCAGAGGCACUCCUCCUGCGAGCAAGCCACUUGCACGAAAACAUCAUCGAGAAGAAGCAGUGGCAAGGCUGCUGAAGGGCCAGAAGGUGGCCAGGAUCCUCGUGCCGACAACGCUUGGCGAAUACCAUUUGAAGCUCAUAAAGUGGCAAAUGGCCAUGUUGAAAGAGCUGCAGGUCGAAGAGGUUUUCUACCACUACCCAACCGAAGAGUACCACUUCUGGAUUCGAGAGGUUGAGGUUGCAGCAGGGCGCAGACUGCCAGAACAGCAUGAUCUACUGGACAGCUUCGCAGCCAAGGUGAUGCAGUACGUCCAAGCGCAUGCACCUGCUUCUUGCAAACUGCACUUCAUUGAGCCUAUGAAGACGCAGAAUCUUGAGAGUCCUGUUGAAUCGUUCCUGUGGCCUUAUCUGAGCGUACAAAGCUUGACCGACUGCUUUGAAGUUGCUGCCUUUGAGGAUCUGCUGGAACUGCGUUUGGGCGAGGAGGCUUUCCAAAGGACAGGCCGCAGGAUGCCAACACUCUGCGUGGUCAUCGAUGAAGAUCACCCUUUUUAUCGGAACGGUGAAAAGGGAUGCCAUGAGCUGCUUUGGGCCGAGCCUUGA